ACAACGAAACGUUGCCUUCUAUUUCUGUUGGUAAAGAUGUCCAACCUGGUAUUACCACACCGAAGUUUAGAAGUUAUUAUAACUGAAGCGAUUGUGUGCCUUGCAUUGAACAUCACGAGUUUCAUUGGAAAUGUCAUGGUCUGUUUAGCGGUGUUCAAAAACCGAAACUUGCGAUCAACCACCAACCUGUACAUCACUGCUUUAGCAAUCAGCGAUCUGCUGUGUGCAACGGUGGAAAUGCCGUUAACCGCUGCAACCUUGAUCAUCGGAAGAUGGGAUUUUGGUGACGCCGUAUGCCAAAUUCAAGGCUUUGUUGAUGCAUUCGCCACCUACUCGACCCCAGCAACCCUAUGUUUGCUGGCUUUUAACCGUUACAUACGAAUUGUCAAAACCAAUCUUUUCAGCUACUACAAAGUAUUUUCAAAAACCAGUGAACAUGAAUUGCACAUGGCCUCCUCGCUUCGUCAAUCGGCCAGUGACAGUAUAGUACGCAGUUCAGUGAGAGAAAUAAACAUCACUCGGGUGCUACUUUAUAUAGCUGCCGGGUUUUUGUGUUCCUGGAUACCACUAUGGAUAAUCAUCUUUUGGAGGCGUUUUUCUCCCGAUACCUGCCCAAGAGCAGUAGCUUUAACGUGCACGAUGCUGCUCUUUGUGAGUGCUUCAAUAAAUCCUUUUAUUUACAUGUUCACGAAUGGCGAGUUCCAAAGAGAAUUUCGAAAACUUCUUCGUUGCCGUAGGGAAGCAAGAAUGGUUCCUGCAGAAAUUCUUGAGGUUGGGGACAUCGAACGUUAGAAUGUGAGGGAUACGGCGAGACGUAGCAGAUCUCAGGUGGUACCGGAGGCUGAUUUGGUGAACUAUCUCCAAUUUUGAGAAUAAAAUAUCUCGCGACAGAUUUGUU